UCUCAUUUUUGCGACUUACAAAAGAAAAAGGAAAUUGCCAAAGGGUACUAGUCUGAUUCAGUUUGGGAACCAAACCCUAUCCGCAUAUGUCACUUUGCUAUCUUGCUUUCCAAACAUCAAAAGUGGCGGCCGGAAACGCACAUGAUAAUUGACACACUGUUCCCCUACAUAUUUGGCCCUUAAUUUUCAGUUUUUCCCUCCACUCUCUUUUCCCUCUCUUGCUUUCUUCCAUUUCAGAGCUCCGUUUGAAUCUCAGAAAAUCCCAAAGUACCCAGAAAGCGGGAGAGAAAAAGCAAGCCUGCAAUUGUAGGUUUUGUUGCAAUGGAUGCCACAACUCUGAAUUCAGAACGCCGUCCAUUUUCAAUUAAACUAUGGCCUCCUAGUCAAAAUACAAGGAAAGUGCUUGUGGAGCGGAUGAUAAACAAUCUUAGCUCUAAAUCCCUUUUCACUGAGAAGUAUGGCUGUCUGAGUAAGGAAGAGGCUGAGGAAAAUGCAAAACGAAUUGAGGAUGUUGCUUUUGCUACUGCAGAUCAAAACUAUGAAAAUGAACCUGAUGGGGAUGGAAGUUCUGCAGUGCAGCUUUAUGCCCGGGAAUGCAGUAAGCUCCUGCUUGAAGUUCUCAAAAAAGGACCUAGAAGCAAGGAGGAUGGAAAAGUGACAUCUGGUACCACUCCCACUGAGACCUUGUUUGAUAUAUCGAAGGCCCAACGGGCUUUUAUAGAGGCUGAGGAAGCUGAGGAGCUUUUGAAGUCACUGAAGGAGCCAGGGAACACUUACACCAAAAUAUGCUUCAGCAAUAGAAGCUUUGGUCUCGGAGCAGCCCGUGCUGCUGAGCCCAUAUUGGUUUCUCUUAAGAACCAGUUGAAAGAAGUUGACCUUUCAGAUUUUAUAGCAGGAAGACCGGAGGCAGAAGCUCUUGAAGUCAUGAAUAUAUUUGCCGCUGCCUUAGAAGGUAGUGUUUUGAAGUAUUUGAAUCUCUCCAACAAUGCCUUGGGUGAGAAAGGUGUUCGGGCUUUUGGGGCACUCCUGAAAUCACAAAGUUACUUGGAGGAACUCUAUUUGAUGAAUGAUGGCAUUUCAGAAGAAGCUGCUCGAGCAGUUUGUGAGUUGAUUCCUUCCACAGAGAAGCUUCGAGUCCUCCAUUUUCAUAAUAAUAUGACAGGAGAUGAAGGGGCAAUUGCUAUUGCUGAGGUUGUCAAGCGUUCUCCCCUAUUGAACAAUUUCCGUUGCUCCUCCACAAGGGUUGGCUCUGAGGGAGGAGUUGCCUUAUCUGAAGCUCUUGGGACUUGUACCCAUUUGGAAAAGCUGGACUUGCGGGACAAUAUGUUUGGUGUAGAAGGUGGAGUUGCAUUGAGUAAAGCUCUUUCCAAGCAUGACAAUUUGACAGAGAUUUACCUUAGUUACUUGAACCUAGAAGAUGAGGGUGCAGUUGCAAUUGCCAAUGUUCUCAAGGAAUCAGCUCCUGCACUUGAAGUCCUUGACAUUGCUGGAAACGACAUAACAGCUAAAGCUGCUCCUGCUAUAGCAGCUUGUAUAGCAGCCAAACCACAUCUGGCCAAGCUGAAUUUAGGUGAGAACAUCCUUAAGGAUGAAGGCACUAUUCAGAUCAGCAAGGUGUUGGAGGGCCAUGCGGAGUUGCAGGAAGUUGAUUUCAACACCAACCAAAUCAGAAGAGCAGGGGCUCGUGCUUUGGCGCAGGCUGUGGUUCAGAAGCCCGGUUUUAAGUUGCUCAACAUCAAUGCAAAUUUCAUUUCUGAUGAGGGCAUUGAUGAGCUGAAGGAUGCUUUCAAGAAAUCUCCCGACGUGCUUGGAUCUUUGGACGAGAAUGACCCUGAAGGAGAAGAUGACGAUGAUGAAGAUGAAGAUGACGACAAAGAAUCUGGAGAGGGCGAAGGCAAUGAGGAUGAAUUGGAAUAAAAACUGAAAAACCUUGAAGUUGGCCAAGAGGAAUAGAGGUCCUCUCGUAUGUCUAGGUGUUUUUCUCUUUCCUGAUUAGGUUCCGCAGAGUUAAUACCCUCUUUAACAUCAAUUACUGAUGAGGGUAUUUGCAGCUUUUAGGAAGACUAUUGAAUCUUAUUAUGCAUCAGUUGGCACCAGCUGUUUCUUAGAGCUGUGUGAUGACGGGUGUUCGUAGAAUUGCGUUUAAAUUGCUUCUUUUAUCUGCAUGUAGUCAGUUAAUCAUUGUUAGUUCCUGUUUUUUGUGAUAGAUGUGGCUCUAGUUGAUUUCUGAUGUUGCUAUGUAUGAGGGUUAUUCUGGAUAUUAUUUUAUGAGAUGCAGCAAAGCAUUGCUGCUGGUGUUAGAACAGAAUAUAACGUUCCAAUUUUAUCGGA